AGAGGACAGAGAAGCACGGCUUUCUGCUAGUAAAAUGGGAAUUGUGGCAGCAUUUCGAUCAUGGGCAGGUAUAAUUAGUUUAUGUAAGCCUGGAAAUUCUGGGAUCCAAUCUCUUAUUGGAGUGUUAUGUAUACCUAACAUGGAAGUGCGGCGAGGCUUGCUUGAAGUUCUAUAUGAUAUAUUUCGCCUUCCUCUUCCUGUUGUGACAGAAGAAUUUAUAGAAGCACUUCUCAGUGUAGAUCCAAGCCAUUUUCAGGACAGCUGGAGACUUUCUGAUGGCUUUGUAGCUGCAGAAGCUAAAGUUAUAUUACCUCACCGAGCCAGAUCCAGGCCUGACCUCAUGGACAAUUACUUGGCCCUGGUUCUCUCUGCUUUCAUUAGAAAUGGACUCUUAGAAGGUCUAGUUGAAGUAAUCACAAGCAGCAAUGAUCAUAUAUCUGUCAGAGCAACUAUCUUACUGGGGGAACUUUUGCAUAUGGCAAACACCAUUCUCCCACAUUGUCACAGCCAUCAUUUACACUGCUUACCAACUUUAAUGAAUAUGGCAGCUUCUUUUGACAUUGUAAAGGAGAAGAGACUACGAGCCAGUGCUGCACUGAACUGCUUGAAACGCUUUCAUGAAAUGAAGAAAAGAGGACCUAAACCUUACAGUCUUCAUCUAGAUCACAUUGUUCAGAAAGCUAUGUCAACACAUCAGCGAAGAGAUCAGUAUCACGUGCAGAAAGAUAUCUUUAUUCUUAAGGAUACUGAAGAAGCACUAUCAAUGAAUCUGAGAGAUAGCCAAGUUCUUCAUCACAAAGAAAAUCUGGAAUGGAAUUGGAAUCUGAUAGGGACCAUACUUAAGUGGCCAAAUAUUAACUUAAAGACUAACAAGGAUGAACAAUUACACAGAUUUGUACGACGGCUGAUGUAUUUUUACAAGCCUAGCAGUAAAUUGUAUGCCAAUCUAGAUCUCGAUUAUGCAAAGUCAAAACAGCUCACAGUUGUUGGUUGUCAAUUUACUGAAUUUCUCCUUGAAUCUGAAGAGGAUGGGCAUGGCUACCUCGAAGAGUUAGUAAGAGAUAUUGUGCACUGGCUUAACAUUUCUUCUGGAAUGAAACCAGAACACAGUCUCCAGAACAAUGGGUUACUUAACACUCUUAGUCAGCACUACUUCUUAUUUUUUGGUACCCUCUCCUGUCAUCCUCAUGGAGUGAAAAUGCUUGAAAAGUGUAAUGUAUUUCAGUGUCUCCUUAAUCUGUGUUCCUUGAAGAAUCAAGAUCACUUACUCAAACUGACAGUUUCUAGUUUAGACUAUAGCAGAGAUGGUUUAGCAAGAGUCAUUCUUUCUAAAAUCCUAACGGCAUCAACCGAUAAUUGUAGGUUAUAUGCUACAAAACACCUCCGAGUACUUCUGAGGGCCAAUGUGGAGUUCUUCAGUAAUUGGGGGAUUGAGUUACUUGUCACACAGCUUCAUGACAAAAAUAAAGUCAUUUCUUCUGAAGCACUUGAUAUCCUUGAUGAGGCAUGUGAAGACAAGGCUAAUCUUCAUGCCCUCAUUCAAAUGAAACCAGCACUUUCUCAUCUAGGAGACAAGGGUAUGCUUCUGCUGCUAAGAUUUUUGUCAAUCCCCAAAGGGUUUUCCUAUUUAAAUGAACGAGGCUAUGUAACAAAACAAAUGGAGAAAUGGCAGAAGGAAUACAAUUUAAAAUAUGUCGACUUGAUAGAAGAACAAUUAAAUGAAGCACUUACUACGUACCGCAAACCUGUUGAUGGUGAUAAUUAUGUUCGUCGGAGCAACCAAAGAUUACAGCGGCCACAUGUCUACUUGCCAGUUCACCUCUAUGGCCAACUAGUACACCACAAAACAGGCUGUCAUUUGUUGGAAGCUCAGAGUAUCGUUCCUGACAUGAGUUACACUGUCCGUUCCCCUAUGCUGGAAAAGUGGGAGGGGAUUAAGCAACUAAAAGCUGCUCUAUGGGCACUGGGAAAUAUUGGAUCUUCAAACUGGGGAUUGAAUUUGCUUCAGGAGGAAAAUGUGAUACCUGAUAUAAUGGCACUUGCCCAGCAUUGUGAGGUCCUAUGCAUUAGAGGGACUUGUGUCUAUGUGCUUGGCCUAAUAGCCAAAACGAAGCAAGGCUGUGAUAUUCUGAAGCAUCACAAUUGGGAUGCAGUAAGACACAGUCGAAGGCAACCUUGGCCAGUUGUCCCCGACGAUGUGGAGCAACUCUGCAAUGAACUCUCUUCUAUUCCCAGCACACUUAGCUUGAAUUCUGAAUCUACCAGUUCAAGACAUAACAGUGAAAGUGAAUCUGCACCAUCAAGCAUGUUUAUCCUGGAAGAUGACCGGAUUGGGAGCACCACCACUAGUACAUUUUUCUUAAAUAUCUCUGAAGAUGCAGAACAGAAUCUCUAUGACCAUACUGGGCCUGUGAAGGAUAAGGACCGCAAUCCCUUCCCCUUUUUCUCCUCCCGCAGACUUGUCAGGAAUCGCAUUUUGAAUUCUCUUACCCUGCCCAAUAAAAAGCUGAGGAGCAGCAGUGAUCCCAAAGGAGGCAAGCUGUCUUCCUUGGAGAACAAGAUGGGCUUAAGGCGAAACCGGACAGUAACAGAACCUUGCAGCAGCAUGGAUUUUACACGGGGAGAUGACUUUACCCCAGUGUUCAAGGUUCCUAAGAUUCACACUCUGAAACGAGAAACUUCGUUUGUUGGGAACAAGCAUAACGAAGAUGCAGAUAGUACUCCAAGUCUUGGUGAAAAUGACCUUAAGCUUCCCAAAAGUCUUGGCCAUGAAAAUCAUAGGGAGAACUCCAGCCGAGAGAGACUAAUAGAAGUUUCCACGCAGACUCAUUUCAAAAGUCGUAGUUUGAGUUUCAAUACAGACACGACCACAAGUGGCAUAAGUUCAAUGAGCUCGAGCCCUUCCCGGGAGACUAUGGGAGUGGAUUCCACCAAUAUAGACACUGACUGUGGGAGCUUAAGUACUGUGGUGAGUACCAAGACCAUUAAAACAAUUCAGUGUUCAACCCCACAGUCUAACCACCUCCCUCUGUCAAAGUCAAAUUCUGUCUCCCUGGUACCGCCGGGGUCUUCGCACACGCUUCCUCGGAGAGCACAGUCACUAAAAGCUCCUUCCCUCGCGACUAUAAAAAGCCUGGCUGAUUAUAAUUUUAGUUACACCAGUUCUCGAGAUGCAUUUGGAUAUGCAACACUGAAACGCUUACAACAACAGAGGAUGCAUCCCUCUCUGUCACAUUCUGAAGCCCUAGCUUCUCCAGCAAAGGAUGUUCUCUUCACAGACACAAUCACAAUGAAAUCUGGCAGUCUAGACUCUCGACUAACACCCAACCGAUUCAUGAGAGCUUUGAGCUAUGCAUCAUCCUUAGAUAAAGAAGAUUUAUUAAGCCCUAUAAACCAAAAUACAUUGCAGCGUUCUUCUUCUGUUCGUUCCAUGGUGUCUAAUGCUACCUAUGGUAGCUCAGACGAUUACAUUGGACUUGCUCUCCCGGUUGACAUCAAUGAAAUAUUUCAGGUAAAAGAAACCCCAUAUUUCCAGAAGAAAACAAUAAUUUCAUUUGAUGAUCGGGGCACUCGGGUCUUUGCCCAGGAUGCUGCAGGUUUGCCUUGUGAGUCUGCUGAGUUUGUAAAGAGUCCCUUCCAGAUGCUUCGUCAGCAAAUAAGUCUUACGGAGAUUAUGAACACAAGCCGUUCAGAUGCCUCCCAGUUCCUAGAAAACAUGGAAGACACUGGACUCCAAGAACACACUGAAGAUAAUUGUCUCUAUUGUGUUUGUACAUACAUCCUAGAUUGUCAGCAUAAUAACAAACUGAACUCUGCAUAUAGUCACACAGAAUUUUCAGACAUUCCUUAUUCAGACUGGUGUGGAAAGGCUAUGCAUAAUCAUUUGGAUGUGGUUUCACAUUCCUCAAAGUUUUCUGGAAUUUCAGGAUGUAGUGAUGCUGUAUCCCAUGGAUCAGCUAGUAGUACCAAGAGUACUGAUCUCAUCAUAGGCAUGAAAUCAAUCCCAGAUGAUACUCCAGUAUGCCGCAUACUACUGAGAAAGGAAGUUUUGCGAUUAGUAAUCAACUUGAGUAGCUCAGUAGGAACUAAAGGUCAUGAAACCGGUCUCUUGACAAUUAAAGAGAAGUUUCCCCAAGCAUUUGAUGAUAUAUGCCUUUACUCUGAAGUAUCCUACUUGCUAGCUCACUGCACUUUUCGAUUACCAUCUAGACGGUUCAUUCAAGAACUCUUUCAAGAUGUACAGUUUUUACAGAUGCAUGAAGAAGCAGAAGCUAUUUUAGUCUCACUGGCAAAUCAACAAACAGAUAGCCCAUCAACUGAAUCCUGACCUCUUGUUUUCCAUGAUGUGAUAAAUGUGAAGUUACUAGUAGCAUUCAAUAACACCUAAUUGAAUGGGCAACAGAGAAGUAUCAUCUUCUGAAUUGUUCCAGGAAUUCUGGUACAUG